AUGAGCACUUACCUAACAAUGUCAACAUUAGCAAUACUGUUUUUUAAUUUUUGUUUGUCCGCCGCAUUAGAAGAUGCGAGUUAUUGGAACAGUGUUGCCUCUAAUGAGCUCAAAGAAUCAUUAUCGUACUCUUGGAACAAGAAUGUUGCGAAAAACGUUAUUUUGUUCAUCGGAGACGGUAUGAGCGUCGAUACAAUAACGGCCAGCAGAAUUUAUCGUCAAGGAGAGACUGGUUAUCUUGCUUGGGAAAAAAUGCCCCAUGUUGGUAUGAUUAAGACUUACAACACCAACAAAAUGGUGCCGGAUUCCGCAUCUACAGCAACAGCGCUGUUCAGCGGCGUAAAAACGAACUACAAAGUAGUAGGCGUCGAUAACAAUGUGGCUCUAGAUGAUUGCGACGGCAGUUUAAACCCCGACUUUCACACCAAGUCGAUAAUUGAAUGGGCACAAGAAUCUGGAAAAGAUACUGGCUUCGUCACCACAACAAGAGUGACCCACGCGACCCCAGCGCCUCUGUACGCGCACUGUCCAAACCGCAAUUGGGAGUGCGAAGCGAAAAUACCAACCGAUGCGAAAGGUUGCAAGGACAUAGCAAGGCAACUGAUUGAAGAUUCACCCGGUAAGAACAUAAAAGUGAUCAUGGGCGGUGGACGGCAGAUGCUGAAGUCGAAUUCUUCGGGUACUAAAAUCGACCCUAUCGACACCUGGGCGUGCUACAGCCAAGACGGCCGUCAUCUUAUGGAAGACUGGGCAAGUGACAAGUCCGCGAGAAAGUUCAGGCACCAAAUAGUCCAGAACAAUGAGCAAUUGAGAGCCGUAGACCCGGAUGACGUUGAUUUUCUCCUGGGAGUCUUCGCUAAUGGACACCUCAACAUGGACUGGCAGAGAAUUGAUACUCCGGAAGGACAACCUAGUUUAGAGGAAAUGACUAUCAUGGCGAUCAGGGUUCUAAGGAAGGCGGCUAAAGGGUUUCUGUUGGUAGUUGAAGGCGGGCUGAUUGAUUUUGCUCAUCAUCGCGGAAAAGCUGCUCAAGCGCUCAGAGAAACUGUUAGAUUUUCCGAUGCUGUUAAUGCUACAUUAGAAAUGGUGGAUCUGAAAGACACUUUGGUGAUUGUUACAAGCGAUCAUUCACAUUCUAUGGCUUUCAAUGGGUACCCGGAUAGAAAUUCUUCCAUUUUGGGAAUUGCCCAAAACUCAAAAUACGACAGAAUUCCAUACACUACACUAUCUUACAGCACGGGAGGGCCCAACAAUUUUGCAUAUGAAGUAAAAGACAACAAAUCCGUGCGGAUAGAUCCUAGUGAGUUCAACACUUCUGAUUUCAACUACAGCCAACAGGCGGCGUUCAUCGGCGACGAAGCCUAUCAUGGCGGCGGUGAUGUUCCUAUUUACGCUACAGGUCCUUACGCGCAUUUGUUCCACUCAACUCACGAGCAAAACUACGUCGCCCACGUGAUAGGUUACGCUGCGCAGAUCGGACCGUAUAAGAACUCUUCUGCGCAACUGGGCCGGAAGUAUAUUGCGAUAAUUUGCUCGCUUACUUUUAUCGCGUUUUACUGCUCAAAAAUGCUCUGA